GGAACUGAAAAUUGGGGAUUUCGGACUGGCGGUCAAGCUGAAGCCGAGGGAGAAUGUGUGGUACUCCCGUCUACAUGGCUCCAGAAGUGUGGAAACGAGAGGGCCAUGGAAGGGAAGCGGACGUCUGGGCACUGGGCUGUGUCAUGUACCAGCUUCUGGUUGGGGAAAUCCCAUUCGAUCACGACGAUCGCUGUGAAAUGAUAAAGAACAUCAAAGAAGCUAAAUUUAUUCUACCCCAGAACCUCGGUAUUGAAGCUGGGAAACUGAUGGGCAAAAUAUUUCAAAUCGACCCACAGGAUCGCCCGUCAUCGCAGAAUAUCCGUGGCCACAAGUUCUUCACAAAGGUUGGUCCACUUGCAAACUGGUGGGAUGUGGAUGAUUAGCUGGUCUGCUGAGGUCACUGGUAUUUACC